AUGUGGAAUCUAUUAAGUGAUUUGAGAAGACUCUUUGUCGAAUUCAACAUUUUACAACAAUUGGAAGAUGCCAUAAGUGAUCAAUCUGAGGAUAGUCCUGCAGCAGACUCUCAGGGUAAAAAGUUGGUGCUGAAGAAUCUGACAGUUCUCUCUAAUAAGAAGAGGACUGUACAGGUGGGUGACAGGAAGCUAAAGUUCAGCGCUGACAAAUCAACAAAGUUGUUGAAAGCUACUGUAAAGUCCUCAGAGCUGACUUCAGCACUCCAUUUAAUAUCCCAUUCACAGGAUGAAAUCAAAUGCUUGCCAUUUGCCUUUAUAAAACAGUCAGGGAUACAAAGAGGAUUUUCUUACAUUAUACACUAUUGUUUGCCAGCCUGGCUCCAAGAGACUUGUUCCUCUGAGUAUGAUGUUUUUAAAGAACGUAGAAUUAUAUCAGAUCAGGAUAACGGUAUCAAGAAGGCCUUAGAUGUGUUGGAAGCCCAGUAUGAUGUUCUGAUUGAGAGCUUCGCAUGCUCCAAACAUAUCAAAAGAGAUCUCUUCAAGUGCACAAUCGCUAAGCAUAGAAGGGUUAUGAAAAAUAACGUUUCCGGUUCAUAUUUGAAUCUUAUACCGAAAUGUACUUAUAAUCUCAUCUCCAACACGCAAGACUGUGCUAGAGGUCUUCAACUUUACAAUUCGGUGACUCCAAUGCUUGAUAUCGUGACAUCCAACCAUUGUGAGAUUUUGAAUGCAGGGAUGGACGCAUUUAGACGAUUGAACCCAACCAAUCUCAUAAUCGAAGUGCUGUUGAUGCAGUGUGAGAAGGUGAAAAUCACAGAGUCUGUGACAUUUGAUUGGAAUAAAAUGAGACAGAUUGGAGAUGAAGAUGAAAUGAAUGACACGAGCGACCCUGAUGAUGAUGGAAGAACCGGAAGAUAUCGAGAUACUCAAAACUAUGGCUCUUUGUUGUAUUCAACAAAUUUCAUCACUUCUUCUUGUUUAAAUAGCAAAGAGACUAGUGUAAUUGUUAAUAGGAGCCUACCUGGAACACAAAUGACGACUCACAAGCAUAGUGUAUCGUGGGACUGUGAUUUGGUUCUUCAGGAGCUUUCAAAAGUGUUGUAA